AUGAUUAAAAACGUUAAAACUUCAAACGCCUUUUAUGAAAUUGAGCAAAAUCUGUUGGAAGUCGUAAAGAAUAUUAAACGUCUGAGUUCUAACCGGAAAGAAAAUUUAAUAUCUCUAGAAAACAAGAAAAGAGAAAUCGAAGCAGAAAUAAAACAAACCAGGAUUAAUGUUAAUCAUCACCUUGAUAAGCUUCAGGAUGACAUGAUUGAAGAAUUGAUAAGGGUUGAACAAAACGAAAAACACAAAAUAAAACAAUUGUUUACUACUCUGAAGAAGGAAGGAAAAGAGAUCACUGAAGUAUUAGAAAACUUCGCCAGUAUUAAACAACAUGCGACCGAACUUCAAUUUUUUGUAACCAUGAAAGAUACCGAAAAAAAUAUUGCAGGUACAGAACAAUUUAUCCAAUCAAUUAUCACAAGUAACUCCACAAAUCAAGUCAAUAUUUCAUUCAAGAUUAACAAGCCUUUACAGCAAAUAUCUGCCAACGUAAAGAACUUUGGAGACAUAAUUGUCAGUUCUUAUCCAUGUGAUUUUUCAAUUCAGAAACGGAAGGACAGACAAGCCCAGAUGAUGCUAGUUCUUCCAAACAAAAAUAUCGAAAAUCUGACGCCGACAUUACAGAAACGUAUCAACACAAAGUUGUCAAAUAUACCAAAAAAUGGUAGGAUGGUGUUGUCCUGUUAUAGGAGAGAUAAAAUAAUAUCACACAAGUCUGACGGAUCGAAAGAUUUCGAAAUACAGACACUGGGUCCAACGUUUGAUGUGGUAUUUAUCGGUGAUGAUUCUAUUGCUGUUACAUCUGGCAGUUCAAAUCAGAUUUAUAUAAUUGACAUAAGGAGGCGCAUACUGAAGGAGUCGAUAAAAGUAAAUUCAAACAAUGGUGGAGUAGUAUGCAAAUAUGGACAUUUGAUAUAUUGUGUCCAGGAGAAAGGUCUGCAGAUGAUCAGUUUGAACGAUAGAAUCAUUACGAAAAUUUCCAAUACCAAACUCCCAAUAUUUGCGUACGUUACAGCAUUCGGCGACAAACUGUUCUACACAGAUUAUACAAAAAACAAUGUAAUCUGCUGUGAUUACCAUGGUAACACAAUUUGGACGUUCUGUGAUAGAAGUGUUCUGAUGUCUCCAUUAGGUAUCUCUGUAGACAAUGAUGGUAACGUGUAUGUAGCAGGACAUUCAACUAACAAUGUGGUCAUUAUCUCUCCUGAUGGACAUUGCUACAGACAACUCUUAUCAAGUGAUGAUGGACUAAAAGACAUACGUGCUCCAUUAUGA